CCUGUCGUGACUACCCACAAGAUAAACGGACUAGCAGACCGUCUGAAUCAAAGGUUCAAAUAAACGACUCCUGAGAAAGGAAUAUAUUCAUGUUUCCAUGAUGAAGAUUAUAAUAUCCAUCUGCGCAAUAAUUUGCUGCUCGUUCGUUGUAGCUGAGCACCUCGAAGCUGACCAAGACAUCUUAAUCCCAGGGGAAUGGACUCAUGUGGGCAGGGUGGAUCCCUCUGAGCAUUUGGAGCUGACCUUUGCCUUGAAGCAGCAGAAUGUUAACCUUUUGGAACAGCAGCUCAGAGCUGUGUCGGACCCUGACUCAGCACAAUACGGGAAGCACCUGACUUUGGAAGAGGUGGCCUCAUUGGUCCGCCCGUCCCAGGUGACCCACAAGGUAGUACGUCAUUGGCUGCAGAUGCACGGAAUCCGAGACUGUCUCACUGUUGAGACUGAGGACUUCCUCCAGUGCACCAUGACUGCUGGGGUGGCAGAGAUGCUGCUUCCAGGAAGUGAGUUCCACCGCUACGCUAGAGACGGGCAGACCCUGGUGAGGUCCCCCUCCUGGUACAAGGUUCACCCGACCGUUCACCCGCACCUGGACUUUGUGGGCGGGGUCCACCGCUUCCCACCCGAGGGACAGGGCCUCAGUGAGUUCCUGGCCCAAAAGAGGCGCUCCGGGCAGGGGUUCCAUCUGGGAGUGACACCUACUAUCCUGAGGAGCCGCUACAACCUCACAGCUGCUGACGUGGGAUCUGCUUCCAACAACAGCCAGGCUGUGGCGCAGUUUCUGGAGCAGUACUACCAUCCUGCUGACCUGGCAGAGUUUAUGACCCUGUUUGGGCAUGGGUUCCAGCACCUGUCAAAGGUGGACCGUGUGGUGGGUCAGCAGGGCGGGGGCAAGGCAGGCCUGGAGGCCAGUCUGGAUGUGGAGUACAUCAUGAGCACUGGAGCCAACAUCUCCACCUGGGUCUUCACCAACCCCGGUCGCCAUGAGACCCAGGAGCCGUUUCUCCUGUGGAUGGUGUUGCUCAGCAACAUGUCCUCUCUGCCCUGGGUCCAUACCAUCAGCUACGGAGACGACGAGGAUAGCCUGUCCUCCGCCUACAUGAACCGCAUCAACACUGAGUUCAUGAAGGCUGGCGUCAGGGGGCUCUCCAUACUGUUCGCCUCAGGUGAUAGUGGGGCCGGCUGCAGACACAUGACCAAGGGGCAAAACUCCUUCAGACCUAGCUUCCCUGCCUCCAGCCCCUAUGUGACCACAGUGGGCGGAACCUCAUUCAAGAACCCGUUCAAGCUGACCUAUGAGGUGACAGAUUACAUCAGUGGAGGAGGAUUCAGCAAUGUGUUCGCCAUGCCUGACUACCAGGUCAGUGCAGUGCAGAGCUACCUGAAGGGUGUGGCCGCCCUGCCCCCACAGACCUACUUCAACACCAGUGGGCGGGCCUACCCCGAUCUGGCCGCCCUAUCUGACAACUACUGGGUGGUCACCAACCGAGUGCCGAUCCCCUGGGUGUCUGGAACCUCGGCCUCCACUCCUGUGGUGGGAGGAAUUUUGUCUCUGAUUAACGACCAGCGCCUGCAGAAGGGCCUUCCUGCUCUGGGCUUCCUCAACCCUCGCCUCUACCAGCUGAAGGGACAGGGUUUGUUUGACGUCAUCGAGGGCUGUCACCUGGGCUGCAUGGAUGAGCAGGUGCAGGGGAAGGGCUUCUGUGCGGCCCCAUCUUGGGACCCCGUCACUGGCUGGGGAACGCCCAACUUCCCCCCCCUGCUGGCCGCCCUUGGGGAGGACUGAACUGUUUGCCAAGUGCACCUUGGGUCUUGCUGUGUCAUCCCCUAUUAACUACUAAGACCAGUAGUAUAUCUGAGAUGUUUGGAAGAUGGCAAUUCCUGGCUUUCACUUACUCUCCAAGUGGCAAGGUUUAACUGCCACCCUAUUGGUUACCUUACCUGUCAGAUAUUUUCUGAUAUCAACAAUUGCUUAGCAGGUAGAACUUGAGGGUUGAUUUGGGUUGAGUGCCAGGAGUGUCUGUUACUGCAGCUGUCAGCCAGUCUGCAGCUGAAGCUGUGUUAAACAUGUCCCCUCUCUCUUUACCUGCCCCACACAGGACUGCUGUCUCCAGAGUUUGAAAAAUACGGGUUCUGGUGGUUCCACAAACAUGGAUCUUGAAUGUAUCUUUAUGCAAUAUCAUAUUCUCUGAAGAAUUUUUGUAUCCCAAACUUUUUUUUUGGUGAGACCAUUAACCAGAUUUAAUCAAGCAUGGAUCCUUCUACUCAGGUUGUGCGAUUCUCACGAGGAGAUUUUCUUUUUGUCUUUAAGAUUUAGAUUUCUGGUCUCAUAUCUCAGCAACACAAUUCUAGCCUACAUGAAUCACGGUACUUCUAUAUCUGAUGUUUUAACAUAAAUAUGUUCAUGCAUGUGUGUUACACCCUUUUAUUCUGUGGAAUGUGAACUUUAUGUUUGGUAGGUCAAUAAGAAAGGAAGCUUGUCCUGUUGUGCCAUUGUUGUUCAACUACCAAAUACUGCCUGGUGAAUUUUGAUUCGCUCAACACAUUUCUUCAGCAUUAGUCGAUCAACCAGCAUCAUUGCACUGAUUUAUUUUCUUUUUAAAAGACAAAUUACCAUGCGCUAUGUGAAAGACUGCCUUUAUGUGGAUUGUGAACACUGAAUACAAUUAUUUUCAACUUUG